UGAUCAAAAUUUAAUAGUAUUUCGGAGUUAAUAUAUUACUACUAUAACUAAUAAUAUGAUGAAAUGCACUAUAUUUAAUGUAAUGCACUUAUUAGCAUUCUAUACUAUGAAAGUAAUGCUAUGAGUUAAUUGGAAUAAAACGACAUAUGCAAAUUACGCACCGUGACGAAAGCGCACAUAACCAAAUCACGGAAUUUAAUUUUUUCAAAAAUGAUACAUACACUGAAAAUGGUUAUUUUCAUACCACAAGAGGACGCGGUUGCGACCUUUCGGGUAUUUAUAUUUGGCUCUUCGAUCCAAUUCGAAAUCAUUCAUUGAGAAAAUCCAAGAAGAACGUUUCAAAAUAUUAUUUAUAUAUAUAUACAUAUAUACGACUAAGUAACAAUAAAAAAGAAAUGGAAAUUCAAUCAGCGGUAUUUGUGCUAGGAAUUGGACUGACUUUGAGUGCAAUGUACCAGAUUACUGUGGCGCAACAGCAAAAGUUUCAUCCGCAUUUAGAUAUCAUAGCGGAAAUAGAAUCAGAAUUUGAUUGUGAGCAGCUCUUAGGCAAAACUGAAGAGGCCUCUGAACAAACGAUGCUCGAAUGUAACAAUAUAAUGAACAGCGAGUUGAUGCAAAAAACAAAAGAAUACAUGCUAAAAGCAACAAUGUCGGAAAUGGAGGAAGCCAGAACAAAUGCCUUCAGAAAGCAUCCUAAAAUGCACGCUAGAAAGAGGAGAUCCGUAACGAGUUGUCCAGUCAUGAACAGAGAAUAUUUUGAAAAGCAUCAAAAGAUGGACGGGCUGCGAAGUUUGUCUCCAUAUGACGACGAACUAACAUACAACAAAGACAGGUUCCCAAAAUACAUUCUUCAAAAUAAAUGUCUUUGUAAAGGCUGUAUCAAUCCAAGUACAGGAGUAGAAACGAUGGAAUAUUUGUCUCAGUUGAUUAAAGCAGAAGCUCGAGCCUUUUUUAUAAAUGCUUCUACGGGAUUGUUCACUCUAGGAAAAGAAGAAAUCCGUGUGGGAUGCACUUGUGUUCGUCCUGUGUAUAUCUAGUUCAUGUUUGAUUCUUAAUAACAGGAAUAUGGUGCUAAAGCGGUGCUUUCCGUGUAAAUAUUUAACAGCAUAACGCUUGUAUGCAUAGAUCGACCGCACAUAAGUCUUUAUAUGGACAAUCACAUCAUUUCCUCAGAUAUGCAAUUAUACUUAUGUUAUGUUUUAAUAUAACUCGCGUUUAUACAAUAGUAGAUGGAGGGUUGUACGUUUUAUUGGUUUUAUUUAAUAGUCAAAUUAGAUUCUGACAUUCUGAAUUGUUCAACGUUUUAACACUGUGAAACUUUUGUGCGUUUAGUUGUUACCAAAAGAUGUAGCGAAAUUUCAAAGAUUCUAUUUAUUUUUAAAAUUUCUUCAAUAGUUUUAGGCAAAAUUGUCAAAAAAUCCGUUUAAUUUCUUUUUUUAUCAAAUUAUAUAGCGUGAUUAUUUAAAAUUUGCACAUAUUUUUUACAUCUGUCAAAGGACCGUGAAACUGUCAAAAAUGAUACUGUACAAUAACUUCGAUCAUCAAGAAUUAAAUUAUAUUUAUAUAUUUAUUUCAUUAUUUAUUUAUAAAUUAUUUAUUGAUGUUAUAUAUUUGUCCAAGAAAUAUUAAAUCAAUAUAAAAAUAUAAUAUAAAAUAUUUGACAUUAAAGCUGAAUUUUAUUUUGGAUAUAUGAAAGUUUAACAGUUUUAUUGUAUCAGGAACAUUAUAUCUACUAUUUAUAACUUUUUUCUACAAAAAUAGCAUGUAUACGUUUGUGCAUGGACACAGUAGGCAUACGUUGCAUAAUAAACAAAAUUUAGUUUUCCGGAAUUAUGUUUUAGGAGAAAAUGACAAUUCAUUUCAUAUUAUUUUUCUUCACAUAUGGUAAAGGUCACUUUAGGGAUUAUCGCAUUGGACUUCGUAUGUUAAUUAAACAUGUAAAUGUAACUGGAGACGAUUUUCACUAGCAGUAUUCAAACGAGCCGGA